AUGGCAACAAGUAAAACAAUGGCAUUAAAAAAGAGUUGCUACAUACGAAAGUGGAAGAUAGUGAAAAAACCCAGAAGCAAGAUAAAACGAAUUCCUAGACGAAAUUUGAUACAUUAUAAAGAUUCACGUGUCUUAGAAACCUUGAAUGAAGAGAAAGAGUGUUGCGUAGGAAGAACCUCCAUUGAAGAAGGAAAGAAAGAGUUUUGUGAAAAUCAUAGCAACAACAAUGAGUUGGAUAAUCCAAUUGAAAGUUUUGUUGAUUUUGAAAUUCCUGGAGAUAUUCCUGACCUUGAUUCAUUGAAUAGUUUUUACUAUGAUUUAAACUUUUUUAAGAACAUACCCAUGGACUUUGAAAGUUCAUGUGAAGAGAUAAUAAAGACACAUUAUUCUCAAAGUAACGAUGAGGAAGAUUAUUCAAGUAUGAGCAUAGCUGAUUAUGUGAUUAAUUCCUGGAGAUAUUCCAAACAUGGACCAAUCAAAAAAAAGAACUGA